AUGCGGCAGCGCGCGGCAGCCGCUCCGCUCCCCCCGCCUCCGCCUCCUCCUUCCCCUCCCCGCCAGGCGGGCGGGCGCUACCGCCGCUUCCCCGCCAGCCCGACCCCUGCCCUCGGCCGAAGCUCGCCGCCCGUACGCGUGGAAAACCGGAACGGCGACCGCCGCUCCCGGCCGCUCUUUUCCCUGCCGCUCCCCCACUACGCCUCCCAGUUCCGACUACGUUACCCAGCGCGCCGCGCGGCCUCCCCCACGCGGGACGCCGCGGGGAGCCGGGCGCGGAGCAUGGUGGGGCGCGUAGUCCCCGCGGGCCGCACCUGCAGCAGGACGGCGCCUGGGCGGUUGCCCCAGGCGGCGGGAGGCCGAGGCACGGGGCGGGCGCGGCCAUGGCGGGCGGGCGGCGGGGCCGGGAUGGCGCCCGUGGGAAGAGGGCGCCGGGGCGGCGAUGCCGUGCCCGUCGCGCAGACCUGGCUGCGGCUCCCGUUCCCCCCGGGGCUCCAGCGCCGCGGUAGCUGCGGCUGCUGCCGCGGGUGUCAGAGCUGCACGCGUGUGUGCAGUGUGUCACAGCGCUGCCUGCGCGCUUGGGCUUGCUGCACUAACGAUCACAGGACUGUAAAUUCAAGUUGGGGGAACGAAGGCUGAGUAUAAGAGGCCAU